CGGCAGGGAGAGGAGGAGGGUGGCCGUAGCGAGGUGCGUUCGGCCGGGGUCGCCGCUCCGCCAGCCCGCUCCGCUCGCUGCACCGCGCUGCCCGGCCCGGCACCAUGACCGUCACACGGCUCGACCAGGGGCAGCGCCACCGGCCGCGGAUGGCCUUCCUGAAAAAGAUCGAAGCGCUUAUGAUGGAGAUGCAGAAUCCAGACACGGGCAUCAAGACGCAGACACAGAAGGUGAUGAUCACAAACAUCCCACAUGCUGUGGCAGGUAACGAUAUAUUGCAGUGGAUUCUCCAACGCUUGCAGAUCACUGAGGAAGAGGCACUACACCUGGGAGACUUGUUUGUCAAAUAUGGAUACAUCUACCCUCUUCAGGAGCCAAAGAAUCUCACUCUUAGGACAGAUGGCAGCCUGUACAGGUUUCAAACCCCCUAUUUCUGGCCGGCGCAGAGCUGGCCUGCUGAUGACACAGACUAUGCAAUUUACCUAGCAAAGAAGAACAUUAAGAGGAAAGGGAUUUUAGAAGAAUACGAAAAGGAACAUUACAACAUGCUCAAUCAAAAAAUAAACUACAAGUGGGAUUUUGUUAUUAUGCAGGCCAAGGAGCAGUAUAAGGCAGGGAAGGAGCGGAAGAAGGAAGACAGGUACGCUCUGGAUUGCCAGGAGAGAGCCUACUGGCUUGUGAACCGAACUCCUCCUGGCAUGCUAAACGUCCUCGAGUAUGGAUUAGACCGCGCAACGGAUCCCAAUGAAAAUAAGAAAACAACGAUGGAAUUUUAUAGGAGAGAGAUCAUGUACUGUCAGCAGGCCAUCAUGAAGUCGAGAGUGAAAUCUUCUGUCUCUCUUGGAGGGCUUGUGAAGUACUCUGAGCAGUUCCUCUCCAAUGAUCCCAUCCUGUCUGGAUGUCUCCCCAGCAACCCGUGGGUAACAGAUGACCCUGACUUCUGGGAUCUCAAUGCAAAACUAGUGGAAGUCCCCACCAGAACGCGUGUGGAGCGAUGGGCCUUCAAUUUCAGUGAGCUGAUGCGGGACCCAAAAGGCCGGCAGAACUUCCAGCUCUUCCUGAAGAAGGAGUUCAGUGGAGAGAAUCUGAGUUUCUGGGAAGCCUGUGAGGAUCUCAAGUAUGGAGACCAAUCCAAGGUCAAAGAAAAAGCAGAAGAAAUUUACAAGCUCUUCCUGGCUCCAGGAGCAAGGCGCUGGAUUAACAUUGAUGGCACAACAAUGGGUAUCACAGUCAAAGGCCUCAAGCACCCUCAUCGUUAUGUUUUAGAUGCUGCUCAGACCCACAUUUACAUGCUGAUGAAAAAGGACUCCUAUGGCCGCUAUUUAAAGUCUCCAGUAUACAAGGAAAUGCUGGCCAAGGCUGUUGUGCCACAAGAGACUGUCAAAAAAAGCUCCAAUUUCCCAUUCGGACGCCGUCACCUCCGCUCCAGCCCCAGCCCCAUCAUCCUGAGGCAGCAGGAAGAAGAGGCCAAAGCCAAAGAAGCCGCCACGACCGUGGACAUCACGCAGGUCAUGAGCAAGCUGGAUCGCAGGAGCCAGCUCCCGAAGGAACCUCCCAAGUAGGCUCUGAGCCCCGCAGGUCACAGCGCAGGGAAAAGACAAGCCGAGGCUGGUGUUGAGCUUCGUCUCCCCUUCCUGAAGGUGUCAGUGCUGCUUUAGGUUUCCCAGGCCGGCUCUGCCAACAGCCUGCUUUUCCUGCAUGUUGCCUUGGCUCCUGGAGCUGCAGAUGUCACUUCCCAGGCACGUCAGGCAUGCUGGCUGUAACGGACUUGGGGUGCAGUGCCUCGGCUCCCUCCCCGCACACCUCGGAGGGGGGGAUGCCGAAUGGCUGCCCUGAGCUCCCCCCGGAGGCUGGGCAGCCCGGCCACCUCUCCCUGCCUCCUGCUCCUCCAGGAGGUGGGAUGGCACAAGGCAGAGUAAAGCUCUGCCGUCCCUAUCCUUUGGGUUCAAAUCGGCCUUCUUUGGAGCAGAGGUGGGUGACCCCGCAGGGAGCAGGGCGAGGUGGCCCACCUCAGAGUGCGUCCAACCCCUCGGGGGACGUGCACCCUCCCAAGGGGUGCAUCCUGGGCACCCCCUGAGAGGAGGGCACCCCUCGCUUCAAGUAUCCUGCACCUCCUAGCCCGUGCAACAGAGCCACAGGCAGAAGAGCGGGGUAGACUUCUUGUGAGAACGGUAGGAUGAGCGUUUCUGAAGGUUUAGUUGACCCUUUGAAUUUUAAUGGCACUCCCAAGUGGCCCCCCGGCACGUUGGAGAUGAUCGUUGGAAAGCUCUGCUCUCCCCCGUGACUCACGAUGGGCUAGGUGUGCAGGUGUAGAGAGCCGUCUCUCGCAAGAGCCUGCAGGAGGGCUUGCGAGAUGCAGCCAUGGCUUUGUGUUUCUCUUAUCAAAUCCUUCCUACCUCUUGUCUUGUCUUUUUCCUGCUUUUCUAUUUUCUGUUGU